GAUAAUGAACCAGUUCCAGUGAUAGAGAACCCAGCCUUGGAGUUGCCCUGCACUGUUGGGAAAUCUGAUGGAACUGCACAUUCAUCUAAUACCUCAGAUGUGGAAUCCACAGGUGCUGCCAGUAUGAAAGAAACUACCUCAUCUAGCAUUUCCAGACAUUAUAGUUUAUCUGACUCGAGAAAAAGGACUCGUACAGGAAGAACUUGGCCUGCUGCAAUACCACAUUUGAGAAGAAGAGGUCGCUUUCCACGAAAAGCACUCCAGACUCAAAAUUCAGAAAUUGUAAAAGAUGAUGAGAGCAAGGAAGAUUACCAGUAUGAUGAACUCAAUACAGAGAUACUUAACAACUUAGCAGAUCAGGAGUUACAGCUCAAUCAUCUAAAGAACUCAAUUACUAGUUAUUUUGGUGCAGCAGGUAGAAUAGCUUGUGGGGAAAAAUACCGUGUUUUGGCUCGUCGGGUGACACUUGAUGGAAAGGUGCAGUAUCUUGUGGAGUGGGAAGGAGCAACUGCAUCUUGACUGUAGGACUGAACAUUAUGUUCACUGCACUGUCAUCUGUAAGUACAGUUCAUAAUGCAGAGCCACGAGAGAAACGUGUUUUUAAAUGUGUUUCUAAAAACAAAACAAAACCAGCUUAGCCUUAAUGUGUAAUUGUUAUCAUUACAGCUCUUGUGAUAAAGACUUAUCUUUUUAAAAUCUGAUCUGAAACUUAAAUUUUUUUAAUCUGAACAUUGUUAGAUUGUUUUAGGUUGGGAUAUUUUGGGUUACAAUUGCUUAAAAAUGUGCAUGGUGUUU